UAUCCCGGAUGGCGGGGACGUCGGUUACACGAUGACGGAGCUGCAACCGUCGCCGUCAGGAUAUCGCGUCCAGGAUGAGGCCCCAGGCCCACCUUCCUGUCCCCCGGGAUCUUACAAGUCUUACGCGAGCCACGGCCACGGUAGCGAGGCUGCCAAUUUCAAGAGUGCCGCAUCGUAUUCUCAGGAAGGCUAUGGCCUUAAGCAGAGUCCACCUCGGCCGGUGGCUCUUAACGAAUACUAUCGUCGCAGAAACGACGGACGGAGGUCCAGCAUGGAGGGGAACGAUCACGAGGGUGGCAAGAAGACUGCCGCGGUUGCCGGUUACAACGACAGUCACAAGAAGAAUACUUCGGGCUAUAAGAACGACAGCGGAUACAGCGAGAGCCUCGGAUUCGACAGCUUCACGCUGCCCCUUAAUGAGAGAGACGAAGCCUCGCCACCGCCGACGCCGCCAGUUAGGGAUGCCUCCAGUCUCAAGGGCGUGUGUUACGGCCCGGGACACGAGAAAUAUCCGUCGUGGCCGAGCGCGCCUGAGCGACACUCCGACGAGGAUAUCCACAGCUCGGGACACAGCGGCUCUCAUCGCUCCAAGUCCUGGACCGACCACACCAACUAUCCGAAGGAGAAGCCAGCUCAGUACACCAGACCGCACACGAAGAGACCCAAUCCCGCGUUCACGCAGCAGUUGAAGACGGUAAUGGAGCGUUGCGAGAAGAUCCCAGCUGAGACUUACGAGUCACGCAACAGAAGCAAUGUCGAGGAAGAAGCAAUGUCGAGAUUGUGGCCGCGCGUAGAUCGCGAAGGUAAAGCUUUGGGAGAUGCGGAAUACGUAGUUCCAUCACCGCCGGAACGGGAACAGCAGUCUCAGACUUUGAAUCAUGCUGAGCUGGAAGCUUAUGUAAGAAGCUAUCAGGAUCCUCAGGUGUCCCAGGUGGAUCUUUACCGCGAAACAACCUUAACGCAAGCAGGUCUCGAAGAAUAUACGAGAGUACAGCAUUCUCAACAAGCCAGCUACGCACAAUCCGAAGGAUAUCACAGUUAUGUAUCCAGCGUGGAUUCUACGACAAACACGCCGUUCCUCGACAGAUUGAGAAGAGACAGCGAGGCAGUAGCACAAAGGCCCGCGGCAUCCUGGGAAGACACCUCUCGAGAAGGAAGAGAUAGCGUAGUGACUACAUCCAGUGGUAGCGCUUCUAGCAGCGAGACUUUAAAAUGGCAUGGCUCGAUGUCGGACGUUAGCGUGUCGAGCGGUAUGCCUCCUCGACAAGGGGCAUCGGAUCGAUGGCAUCAUGGAUCCAUGUCAGAUGUUAGCAGCGUAAACGGGGGAAUUUUAACUCAAAAAUCGAACAAUGUUUGCCAUGAGAAAUGGCAGAGUUCUAUGAGCGAUGUCAGCACGUCCGGAAUGGUUUCGAAAGGAAGAUACAGCCUCGACAAAUGGCAAACUUCGAUGAACGAUCGAAACAAACAGGGGCAAGGUAGACCUAGCUUGCCAGCUGUAAUCGGUCAUUGCACGACGACGUCCGCGUCGAUCAACGAUAUCUGUCAAACAUCAUCGGUUCGAGAGAGCAAGUGGCAGGAAUCUAACAUCGACGACGAUUCGAAUGAAAGAUCGCAAGCGAAUCAGUGGGACAAUUCAAGCAGACUUGAAAGCGACAAAUAUGCUCCGCAAAGUCCUACGCGUCAACAAGUUGGAACUGCGAGCCCGCAGGGCUCCGAAAACUGGAACGUUAUACACGGAUCGAUGUCCGAUGUAAGUCAAACUAAUGGAAUUCAAUGUAGCAAGCAAUUAAUCGCUCACAGCGCGAGAGUGCAAACUCCACAGCGGCAUCAUUCAGAAAGCGUGCUGUAUUUGGAUCGCGAACGCAAUCAACGGAAACUUUAUCCUGUCAGUACGACGCAGCCGCAAGAAUCCACGCAAUCUUCAAGAAUGACCUUAAGUUCACCGCCACAACCACAACUUUCAGUAGCUGAGCGUAUCAAUGAAUUGGAAAAACAACAACAGCAACAAAUGCGUUACACUUACCUAGAUCCAGAAAAACGUCACAGAGUAUCCGAUCCUACUUUAAAAGCAAUCCAAAAGAAAGCACUGUGGUCCUUCUACGAGAGACAUCAAGCGUCUUGGCGAUCGGAACCUCAGUUAACUCAGGGUCCUGCGCCAGCUCCUCAGAGUCCUCAGAGUCCUCCGCCGCAGCCUCCUCCUCGACCGAAACUAUCUUCGUCCCGAAGAGCCAGUUCGGCGUCAGACUAUGCCAGUGGUACAUGGAGGGAAAAUGUCAACAGAGGUCAGAGUCAAGGAAACGGCGAUUUACCGACUCCUAAGCAUCAGCACAGCAAUAGUUGCAGCAGUCUCUCUACAGAUUUAUUAGGUCCUGUGAUAGUCGGUCCGGCUAUAUCGAUAGACGACUGGGUACCCGAGAGACCGCCUAAAAAGGCACAUCUGAGGAACGCUUACAACGAACGCAUGCCUAGUCCCGAUUUGCCGCCGCCAUCACCGCCGACGAUCACGGAGAGCGAGGUCCACGAUUGCGACGAUCCAUUGCCGCCUCCACCGCCUGAGCUCAGCGAUGAUUCUUUCACGGAGGGUCAACGUAAAUCAAAUAACAGCAUUCACCACCAGACGGAGGAAACAGCAAAAAUCAGUCGUGAAAGGUCAUGCGAGCGACACAAGUCGGAAAGACAUUCCAUGAAAAGAUCGAAGCAUAACGGCAAGAGAGAUCAUGAUAAGUCCAAUGGCAAAUCCGCCCCGAAUUCGACGAAAACAAGUGUGCAAGAGCAGGAACAACAUCAAUUCGUUAGAUCUUCCAUGGGACUGAAACACGUGGAUUCGGAAAUGGUGUUGGAGAACGGAGUGUCGGCUGGCUUUGCCACGCAUAGAAUGGUAGCUACAGGACGUUCCAGUUUGAGAUAUCCUUCUACUCAGAAGCUUAUGGUAAACGGAAGGAUAGCGUCCACAAGAAGAAUAUCCGAAGAAAGACUUUUCUCAGCCAGACCUGCGGCGCAAUUGCCUGAUCUCAUAUCGCAGAGAUACAGCGAUUCUGGGAAUCAGAGACCCGCGCCGCAAGUUCCAGUGGAGCCAAGAAUCAUUAGGCAAGAAUCGAUGCGAAUCGAUGGAACGCGCGUCGACGCGUCCGGUUUAUUGAGAAACGAUGCUGACCAGAGAUUAGAAUCUUCUUCAGGCCAGAGACCGCAGCCUCAAGUGCCUAAGAACGCGGAUAAAAAUGUUACCGCGAAUCCAUCAUCAAGACCGAAUUAUUUGUCAACGACGGAGGCGGCGAAGAGCCCGUCCAAGUACCUGAAAAGCGCAAAUCAUAGCUUUUCCAUUGGCAAUUCGGUUAAAACAGGGUACGAGGCCAGCUCGAAGCUGUUCCCCUCGGAAUCAAAUCCUCAGAAGUAUCACGAACCGCCGAAAUACGUUCCUAACCACCAUCAGCGUUCUAGCGACGCGACGCAAAGAAGUACUCAUACUUACUAUGCAUUACCGCCGAAAUACAUGGAUGUAUCUAAGCAGAAAUCUCAGUCUCAAUGCCCGACGGAAAGAUACAGCAUGGGUUCUUCUAAUUCUCCGCCACCGCCUUUAGCACCACGACAGAAUACGCCCGGUAGAAAGUCCUUGCCACCUCCACCAAGGCCAGCUCCUCAUCAAGGGAGUCAAUCCAAGGCUUCUUAUCUAGCUUAUAGACGAGAGCGCGGAGCUCCCGAUAGCGAAGGUAGCUACAAAAGGACGAUGUCGCCAACCUCUCGAAUGGACGAUUGGCCGCCACCUAGAGAUCAUGAUGAUCCAGUACUUUUACGCGUUACAUCGCAUCAUACAUUACAACAGCAUCAUCAACAUCACAAUAGUCAUCAUCAACAUUCUGAUCUUUCCAAAUCACACAGCGUGGAUGCUCUUCAUCAUCGAUUGGAAGAGAGGUGUCUACAACAACAGCAACAUUCGACAGAAGUGGUCAAUAAGCUCUCGCACGAACUCAGCAAGAAACUCCAGGCUAGCGACGCGAGAUCUCGCACUAACGAAAACAAUAACAACGACAAUCUUGAAGACCGACAUCAGCAUCAUCAUCAUUACCAAGAAAAGAGACAUCCAGAAAAGAGACACGACUACGAGCAACGCAGAGAAAGAUUAUCGCCGCAGAGCGUGGAGGUCCUUAAUGACAGGAACAGGCAGCUGGAGCGAGAACGUCGGAAAUUGGCAGCGAGCUGCGAGCCACUACCUCAAAAUAGAGAGAAACAGCUACGAGAAAUCAGUGGCCCGUUCCCAAUCGCCGGCGACGACUUUUUCCGCGAGAGAAGCGCCACGAUCGAAAUGACUUCGAAAAAUAUUGAAUUAUUGAACCGUCGUAAUGAGAAGAGGACGAAUAGCGUGACAACAUCCAACGCAAUGUCCACUUACUCUAUGAGCACCACGACAUCAUCAGUCGCUACGAUGAUGACGACCUAUGAUAAUGGCUGGUCCAGAGAACACGAAACGCAGAGUUCCAUAGAAGCUACCAUCUUUUCCGACAGACCACCACCACCGACGAGCUCACCACCGAGAUCACCGAAUAACGACGAGAUUGUAAGCCCACGAGGUGCUGUUCCAAGACGAACGGGAAGUUGCUCGAGCUCCUCUUCCUCAGGAAGAUCAAUCGAUGCCCGCGUAUCGCCUCGAGUUUUAUUAUCCAGAUCGCCCCCCAAAAGCUCUCUGGACUCUCUCACGCGACACGAAGCCCGGAUAGAGUGCACCACCAAUAACAGAAAGGUCUCCAGUCCGACUCAAACGGAUAAUACAGGUUCCUGGAACAGAUCUAACUCACCGAGCCGGCUAAGUCAAACGAGUGAGACAGAAUCGCGGCUUGAAAGAUCCUCCUCGAGAUUUAAACCCGGCGGCAGAUCGUCUACGUCUUCGAUUUCAAGCGUUUCUAAAGCUUCCUCGUUCUCCUCGCCGAGAAACUCGCCAAUCGAAGGGGACAAGUCAUCGCCGACGUCGUCGCUCUGCGUGUCACCCCAGCCGGGCAUAGAGGGACUGACGUUAGUACAACGUACAGAGGUCGUGCUCCGAGUGAACGCGGCCACCAGUGAUGUCGCCUCGCAGACUGACAUCUUGGAAGAUACGGAACAAGACUAUACCAGCAUGAUCCAACGACCGCUUCCGGAAUCUAGGAAGAAACUACCGGAGGAGAUUGAGUGCGAAGAACUCAGCAAGGAUUUAGCCAGUCAACUCAGUCCCAACGAUAAGCUUGUGCCUAUACUCGUUCCAGCGCCGGAGCACAAGAAACCCACCGACUACGUUUCCGGCCUGUUCAGGGUAGAGACGACCUUGCAGCCACGAUCGAAGCGACGGCUCUCCCUAGAAGAGUCAAUGCCCUUCUGCAACGAGAACUCGGAUAUGGAUAAAAAACAUGAAACGAUACCUUCGACUCCCGUCACGCCACUGUCGGCCGAUCUUACCAGCCCUCUCUCCCCUACUUCGGCUUAUUUCACGACAUCCGAAGGAAAAGCAAGGUUCCUGACGAGAUACUCCCAAGACGUCACGGCGGAGGGAUUAACACGUCAAGAGGAUGCACCGGCGGUUGAACCGACGAACAGCCUUGACCUUAGGCAGAAAAAGGAGGAGCUGAUGAUGCGGCUUGACAGGAAACUGGUGGUCCUCAAGGCCGAGCAAGAGGCCGUAAGGGAGGAAGGUGAGGUGAACGAAGCACUAGGUGCGCGAGUAACCGUUCGCGUUUCCGCCGUAGCUCGUCCGCCGGAAGCGUCCAAGUAUCGGAAUCACGUAGAGGAAGUCGGCAAGAUUACGAGUCUUCUUCUCGGCCUUAGCGGCAGAUUGGCUCGCGCUGAGAACGCUCUUUAUGGAAUGCCGGCCGACCACGCAGAAAGAAAAAUUUUGGAAAGCAAACGGGACAAGCUAAUGGAUCAAUUGGAAGAAGCGAAGAUUCUGAAGAAUAAUAUUGAUAAACGUAGCGUAAAUGUAUCGGCGAUCCUAGCAAAGUACCUGAAUGAAGAAGAGUUUGCUGACUACCAACACUUCAUCAAUAUGAAAGCAAAGUUGAUAGUGGACGGUCGCGAAAUAUUGGACAAGGUGAAACUUGGCGAGGAACAAUUAACCGCGUUGAAAGAGGCAAUUGACUAGUCGUAACGAUGGACUUACAUGCUAAGUUAUUAUGAGAUCGAUUCAUAAAUAACCGUACAUUACCAAGGGUGAACAAUGGAAAAAUCUCGCAAAAUUAGUCAACCUGACUCGAAAACGUAGAUUAAUAUGGAUGAAAAAUUACGGGAACACACACAAAAGAGAAACAUCAUCUAAAUCUGGUUCAGUAUUAAAAAUCUUAAAUUUCUACAUAUAUAAUUAUAAAUGAAAAAUAAUGUAUUUUGACAAAGAGUUAUGAAACACAUAUAUAAAUACUUUUAUAUAUAUAUGUAUGUCUAAUGUCCUAGAUGGAUCUAUUUCUGUGUCUAAAAUUGUGUUGUAUACAAGUUGUCUAUUAUUAUGUCUAAAAUUAUGUUAUAUAAAAUUUAUUUGUAUUAAUUAAAUAAUUUUGAAAAUUUAUUUAAAAAUAUGUUCCUGUAUUGUGAAAUCAGAAGAUAGCGAUAGAUAAAAACAUCUUUAAGAUGAUAUUAUAAAAAUGUCGAGUAAUUUAAUGCAUGGUCAAAAUAAUAUUAAAACAAAUGUGUAAAAUCUACUUUGCGUAUAAAAUAAAACCAGAGAAGUCAUAUAAAUCUGAUGUCCUCAAGAUCUAAGUGUGAUCCUCUGAAAGAUCACCUUAAGUGCCUAGUCUUUGUUAAGCUUGCAUCGAUUUUGUCGUAUUCCCUCAGUAAUCCACAAAGAAAACUGUAUUGUUUAUAUAUUUGUGGCAUACUGAAGAAAAUCAUUACGAAACGCUACGGUAGUUGCAUAAGUUGAAUGAAAAAACCAGGAUAAAGAGAGUUAUUUUCAGUUUUCUUAAAAAAAAAAAAAAA